CCACGGCCUCAUCUUUUUCUCAUGCAGAAGACACGUGUGCUGACACACCAUGCAAAACCACUGCACCUGUCUCUCUUCUUCUUCAUUCCUCUUCUUCUGCAUUUUGUACCAACAAUCCUUCAAUCUCUCUAUGAAACUGCACUCCACUUCCUUCCAUGGAUGAAGACCAAAAAGAGCCCUUUAUCUUCCCCACACCACCCCAUUUUCUAGCAAAAUUGCUAUCCUUCCAAGCAGAUGUAAUCUACAACCUCAUGGCCUCUGUUUUUUCCCCUGUUUCCUCUGUUUUGACCUUGGCAUCCGAGUCCUACCACCGUGCUGAGGAGACCAAGGAAAAUGUUGAAUCAGCAGUGGAAAAUGCUCCUUAUGGUGGCCUCAUCUUGCUGAAGAAGCUGGGGCUUUGUGUUCUGAGUGCUGCAUAUGUGUGCAUGGUUUUGUUUUUGGUUCUGAUUCUAGCUGCUAUUUUGGGUGUUGGUUUGGUUCGGUUCUGGGUGGAGGAGCCUGUGUUUGUUAAAGAAAGUUUGCAUUUUGAUUACACUGAUGCUCACCCAAAAGCUGUGUUUUUGUUUGAUGGUGGAAUCAGUGGGGUUGCAGGGGGGUAUGUUAAGAAAAAGCAGAUACGUGUUCCGGUUGGUCACACAUUUUGUGUUUCUUUGGUGCUCUUGAUGCCUGAAUCUGACUUCAAUAGGGAGCUUGGUGUGUUUCAGUUGACAGCAGAACUCCUAGCAGUACAUGGAAAUGUAACAGCAAAAUCCAGCCAGCCAUGCAUGUUGCGGUUCCGCAGCUCUCCCGUUCGACUAGCCAGGACAGUCAUGAUGGGUGUGCCUUUGGUUCUAGGAAUCUCAGGUGAAACCCAGAAACUCAAUGUAGAAAUAUUAAAGCACAAGGAAGACAGGAGAAGAAGCAAUGCUAUCAGAGUCACCCUGCACCCAAGAGCAGGAACUUCAUCUCUUCCUCAGAUAUAUGAAGCUGAAAUCGUGAUAAAGUCCAAACUUCCUUGGACUAAAGAGUUUGUCCGCAAUUGGAAAUGGAGUUUCUAUGUUUGGGUGUCCUUGUAUGUCUAUAUUGUGCUACUCAUGUUUCUCCUUUGUUACUAUAGGCCACUCAUCUUUCUGGUCACACCAGAAACUUUUAGUUAUCAUAGGGUUAGUGAAGUCACAAGUGAAGAAGUAGCUACAGAAUCAUCACAAAUCAGGGAAUUUGUGGAUGAAAGUGAGGUUUCUGAGUUGUUGAGGAAAUGGAGGCGAAGCAGAAGCAAGAGAAAAGCUAUCCUUACACAUGAUGGUGGUGGUGGUGGUGUGGGAGAAACCAUUGGCUCAUCAGGUUCCAGCAUCAGCAUGACUACUACUAGAGAAGAUGUGACCAGUGUGGCUGUGGAACAUGAUGUCGAGGAUUCUGAAUCGGUGUGCAUAGAUUAGAAGGUUAGUUUCAGCUACUUGUAUAUGGUUUACUGUGAGUAUGAGAACUUGAGUAAGCUGUAAGGUAUGAAGAAAGUGAUAUCUUGCAUUGCUAUGUUACUUGGUCACAUUCUUAUAUCAAUGUUAUUGAAGUACCUUAGAAUACUCAACCCUCUCUAUUUAUAGGGAGAUUAUCGGGUGGUCCACCGAUGAUCCACGCUA